CUCAGUUGUCUCCCUCGCCGUGGGGAGAGCAGUCGAAGUCACGCGCGCGUCCGCCUCACAGAGAGAAGCAGAUUCAUUGCCCGGCGCGCUUAGUGACUUAAAAGCGAACUAAAUAGCAAAGACCAAGCGACGAAAAAGCCAAGGCAUUCGGCCUAACAUGUGCUUGCCACAGAGAACAUAAGUGGACGAAGGAGAGAGGAAGGAAAAGAGAAAAGAAGAGAAGGGAGGGCCGACAAGUGACCAGAGCGCGAUGGCAGGCCACGUGCCAGCUCUGGCAGGGGCGUCCAGGACACGCAGGAGGAGGAGCUCGGACAACCACCGUCAGGAGCGAGGGCACAGCCGAAGGGUGCUUGUGCUGGUGGGCACCUUGGCACUCUGUCUGCCUCUGGGAGAAUGUCAGAGCGUCAACAACCUCAAGAUCUUAGACAAUCUCCUUAAAGAUUAUGACAGAAGAGCUACGCCGACCAACCACCUUAACAACGCCACGACCGUCAACUGUGAGCUCUACAUCAGGAGUUUCGGCUCGAUCGAUCCCAACUCCAUGGACUACCAGGUGGACCUGUACCUGCGGCAGUCGUGGGUGGACGAGCGGCUCAACCACGACGACAUCAAGCAGCCGCUCGACCUCAACGACCCCAACCUCGUCAAGGCCAUCUGGAAGCCCGAGGUCUACUUCCCCAACGCUAAGCACGCCGAGUUCCAGUUCGUCACCGUGCCCAACGUCCUCGUCAGGAUCAACCCCAGCGGAGAGAUCCUUUACAUGCUAAGGUUGAAGUUGGUGUUCGCCUGCAUGAUGGAACUCUCCAAAUUCCCACUCGAUUCACAAGUCUGUACAAUGGAAAUAGCCAGUUUCUCGAAGACGAUGAAGGAGCUGAACCUGUCGUGGAAGAGCGACGCCCCCAUCAAGAUGUACAAGAACAUGCGGAUGCCGCAGUUCGAGAUGGAGGAGAUCGUCCCCACCACCUGCCAGGAGUCCUUCCAGAUCGGUAACUACAGCUGCCUGGUUGCGGAGUUCCGCAUGCGGCGCUCCAUCGGCUUCCACCUGGUGCAGAGCUACCUGCCCACCACGCUGAUCGUGGUCAUCUCGUGGGUGUCCUUCUGGAUGGACGUGGACUCCGUGCCGGGGAGGACCACGCUCGGCGUCACCACGCUGCUCACCGUCUCCUCCAAGUCGUCGGCCUCUCCGGCGGAGACAGUGUUGACGCCGGCGGUGCGGUACACGGGGGUAGACUACCCAGUACUCCAGCUUUCGAUUUCAUUUCAGACGUCUAAAGAGCCUCAUCCUCUUCUAGACAUUAGGCGAACGAACCGAUGGCUCAGCGUUGAUCUAAAGCGUUCCUGGCUGCGCUACCGAUGCGCUGGUAUUAAUUCCUCCGCUUCUUCUCCGGGGGAGGAAUGUACUCUAGGCACAAUUGGGCAAGACUGGACGGAAGGAUCUCUUGCACAAAUGCACAGAAGCAGCUGCAGCACUGAGUCCCUCUCCCUUUCCGCGUGGAAACCAAACCACACCAGAACUAUGUCAACGAAGCCAAAGAUUCCCAAUAAAGACGCAAAAGCCACACGAAAAAUGUGCGGAGUGCAACGUCCUCAGACUUAUCCGCCUGGGAAAACUGAAGGCGAUAUAGUGAGAUAUAACUUUGGUUGGAAAGGAACGUUGCUCAAUAACACUAUAGCAAACCCUCGCUACCUCCUCGCCGCCAAUUGCUCCAAGUGCCUCGUAAGGAGCACCGUAUGUGUCAACAGCAACACCUCCGCACACAUGAUUAUAUUCCGUACGCCAGAAUCCGUAGUGCCAAUUAUACCCGAGUUUGAAUUGAGUUUUCAUAUUCUAUUCCGUGAGCUAAUUAUCCAAGCUGGGGGUGCCAAAGGGGUCCAAAGUAAGGCCCUCGACGUGUGGGGGACCUGCCAGCGGUCUUAA